UAUAACGCCAUCUUCUCUUCGCUUCCCUUCUCUUCUCUUCCCUCCAUUCCAGUGAUCCUCAGGAUCACAAUAAGUCAAUUACCCAUUCCCUCCCUAAUCAUAAUAAUACUUUAUUCGAUUCCCCUGUUUUCUUAGGGAGAGGGGUCAGUUUUUACAGAGCCCCUUCUUUGUAACUCUGUUUUUAACUCACUACUGUUCCGUUCUGUACUUAUAGCGCUGGAAAACCAUCACGCUAUGAUGAACGGAAUGCAAGAAAGAACCACACAGUUCGAACUCCACGACGGUGCCUAUAUGGAUAUCGGUUCCACCCUAUCAAACCUCAUACUGUCAAGCAGCACAAACACGCUGGACUCAAUUUUCUGCCAUUGUCCACAACCCAAUCCAACUUGCAUUCCUAACUCCAUGAUAGCAUCUUCAGGUUUCGAACCUCUGGGCUCCUCCGUAUACCUUCGCCAGAGAGACAUCCUUGAAAAAUUCUACCAGGAAAACAGGGUCAACAACAGGCCUUUUGUGCCAACAUCCAUGGUCACUCCAUCAAUGACCAAUUCUUCUUUGACUUCUUCUUCUUCUUCCUUCAUGAACCCCUGCAAGAAGAAGCUGUACAGAGGAGUGAGGCAGAGGCACUGGGGAAAAUGGGUGGCAGAGAUUAGACUCCCACAAAACAGAAUGAGAGUGUGGCUGGGAACCUAUGACACUGCAGAAGCUGCUGCUUAUGCCUAUGAUCGUGCUGCUUACAAACUCCGUGGAGAAUACGCGCGCUUGAAUUUCCCCAACCUGAAGGACCCAACCAAGUUGGGAUUCGGAGACUCAACCAAGUUGAAUGCUCUCAAGACCACCGUGGAUGCAAAGAUUCAAGCCAUAUGCCAGAAGGUCAAGAGGGAGAGAGCCAAGAAGAAUGCAGCCAGGAAACUCAAAUCAAAUGGCGGCGGCGACACGGCUAGCCACGGUGGUGGACAGAGCGAGACAUCAAAAUCGCAAAAGAACGACAAGAUCAGCUCAGCUUCUUGUUCUUCUUCUUCGUCACUGUCGCCUCCUCGGCCUGCUAAUUAUGAUGAUUGGGCAAAGGAGUUGCUCUCGCCGGUGUCCGUUUCGAGGGAAUGUGGCAUGUUGCUGACAGAUGAUUCAAUGGAAUUCGAUGAUUGUUCCCUUGCAAGGAUGCCAUCCUUCGACCCUGAGUUGAUUUGGGAAGUUCUGGCCAAUUAGAAUACAUGUUCUUCUUUCUAUCUUUAGUAGUAACUAGUACAUGUAGGGAUAGUACUACAAUAUAGUAUUAGAUUAAAGAGUAAAGAGUAGUGAUUACUUUUCAGCAAGCCUGAAACUGUAUAAUAUCAUAAUCACUCCUAUUAUUAUGUUUGCUUUCUUAGUCACUUUGUGGGUAUUUUAAGAAUCGUAUAUGGUUGUAGAUUUAGGCCUUGGUUUUUUGCUCA